UUGGUCAUAAAAAAAUUUGGUCAUGGCUUCAUCAAGUGGGACAUCAUCAGGUUCAGGGUCAUAUACACUUCAGAACUCAGGCUCAGAAGAAGAUCUUCAACAAUUAAUGGAUCAGAGGAAGAGGAAGAGAAUGAUAUCGAACCGCGAAUCGGCUCGAAGAUCAAGAAUGAGGAAACAAAAGCAUUUGGAUGAUCUUAUGUCCCAAUUAGCUCAUCAAAGGAAAGAAAAUAACCAAAUUUUAACCACUAUGAAUGUCACAACCCAAUAUUAUCUCAAUGUUGAAGCUGAGAACUUAAUCUUGAGAGCUCAAGUGGCUGAACUUAGCAACAGAUUUGAGUCCUUAACACAAAUCAUCAGUUUCUUGAAUGCCAACAACAGUGGCAAUAGUCAAAUUGAGUAUAUGGCUGAUGGUUAUAUUAUGAAUGAUUCUUGGAAUUAUGUGUAUUCCAAUCAGCCAAUUAUGAAUGCAGACAUCUUGCAAUAUUAAUUUACAUGUGGUGGAAAUGGACUGUAACCUCUGGUUUAAAAUCUUGGAUUAUUUGUGAUUUUGAAUAUUUGUAUUAAACAAGGGAUUUAAGGGUUAAUAUUGUAACUGAUUUUGUAAAUCAUUUGAAGGCAAGAGGUGGUGAUCUACAAGGACUCUGAAAAAGAAAGGAUCCUUUAUCAGCAGCAGGAUCAAAGAUUAAAAGAUUUAGUAUCAGUAAUAUUAAAUAGUAUUAGUUUUAAAGCAUUGUGUUCAAGUAGUUGUAAGACUAAUAAUCCAUAUGAUAGUAGUCAUCAGUUAUUUUUAACUCUA